AAAGGUGCUACCAGCCUUCAGACUUUACUGAACAGUAUCAGAGAGAAAAGGCCUCACUCUUCUCCAUCCGCACCUUUGGGUUUAACCUUGAAAACGUCUUGUUGGAUUUUUACCUUACAAUUGCAUCACCAGCAUGUCCGAUUACUAUUUCACCAAUGAGACGUCUGAUUACUAUUUCACCAACGAGACGUCCGAUUACUAUUCCACCAACGAGACGUCCAAUUACUAUUCCACCAACAACAUGCCUCUUAACUAUUCCAUCAGCGGCUUUUCUGGUUGUCGUUCCAUCAUGACUGAUGGCAAUAAAACUCAAAUCGCUUGUCCAGGAUAUAUUGCAACGCAUGUGUAUAAAGGUCCUGUGAAUGUGGUGAUUGAAUAUCCUGUGGGUCUGAAUGUGUCCUUCACUGCCAUAAGAGCUCUUGACAGCAAUCAGACCACAGUCUUCCUCCCUCUCGUUUACAUCUUCAUCUUCAUUGUGGGGUUGCCCACCAACGCCAUGGCCCUCUGGGUGUUCCUCUUCAGGACCAAGAAGAAGCAUCCAGCGUCCAUCCUAAUGGCCAAUCUAGCGCUGGCUGACCUGCUCUUCAUCGUGUGGCUCCCACUGAAGAUCACCUACCACUUCAACGGCAAUGACUGGACCUUCGGGGAGCCGCUGUGUAAAGUCCUAGUGGGGUUUUUCUAUGGGAAUAUGUACUGCUCCGCUAUCUUCAUAGCCUGCAUCAGCGCCCAGCGCUACUGGGCGAUUGUCCACCCACUUUCUCAGAAACUGAGUAGCCGUGUAACAGUGUGUGUGUGUGUUUGUGUGUGGAUUGUAGUCUGGGUCCUCACUGUACCGCUAUACCUGUAUGACCAGACCGUUAAAGUCAAUAAUCCCGAUAUAACCACCUGCCAUGACGUCAUUCGCUCCAACCAAACACACAUCCCUGUUGGGUAUUUCCUGACCAUGGGCACUGUGGGAUAUGUAGUUCCCUGUGUGGUCUGCAUAGUGUCCUACCUGCUGACCUUCCUCUCCCUCAGGAGGUCCAUAACAGACAGCAGCAGGAGUAAGAAGAAAAGGAAGGCUAUAGUCCUCAUGGUUACUGUGCUGGUGAUGUUCCUGGUCUGCUUCACUCCCAGUAACAUCAUGCUGAUGGUCCAUUACUCUCUGCUGGGUGUGGAGCAUCAGUACGAUUUCUAUGGUCUGUAUGUCGUUGCUCUGUGUCUGGGCAGCCUGAACAGCUGCCUGGACCCAUUCGUGUACUAUUAUAUCUCGGAGGAGUUCAGAAAACAGGUGAAAAACUCGCUGAUGUGCUGUAAUGAAUGUACAACCAAACGGAUGAGGGUUCCUUCCAGACCUGCAGAGGUCCCCAAAGAAACCUCACAGUCUACAGAUACAAGACAUGAUUAGCCAAAAACAUGGACAGUCUAAUGUUAUAAAGUAAUGAAUGCCUGAAUUAUUAAUGAGUUGAGUCUGGACUGAUAAAGUUCACUUAGUUUAGCUUCUUUCCUGAUUUACCCUCCAUGUAUUUGGGGUGGUGAUGCUUUACAGUAAGACUACAUUUAUUACAGGUACUUAAGUGAGUAAUGCGCAUUACUAAAGCGUUACCUUAUAUAGCAGUUAAUCAAUAACCCCUUAAACAGCCACGAGCCACUAGCAGGUCCAAAGAUCUACUAUGCGCUUCUGUAGCUCAGCUAGUUUGCCUCAUAAUCCAUGUAAUUACUGAACAACAAGCUGUAGUAGGUCUUAACAGGCUUAAGAUUUUAAAAGGCUACCUAAUGGUAAAAUUAAGAAUUAACAUUAAUUUGGAUUUCUUUAGGUAGAAACAGAGUGAAAUUAAUUCAUAAUGCUUUCUACAGUCGAUGCCAUCACAAAGCAGCUUUAGAGAAAAUUGAGAUCCAAGCCCCUUUUCUAGCAGUUUUUUGACCAAGAAGAAGAAGUAGUUUCAUUCAGUUGAGUAGGAGGAAGUUACUUGACAUCUAGUCUUUUAUGUCUUUUUAUACCAAUUUAUACCAUGUUUAUUGAUAAUGGAACCCAGUGGUAGCGCGCAUAUAUAUACAUAUAAGAUAAGAUGAGGCUUUAUUGUCAUUCACAUCACAUGUGGUACAUGAGGUGGAACGAAACAUUGUACUCACUGUCCAGUUAAACACCCAAAGUAACAUAAACAAUAAACAAUAAAUAGAAGGUGCAAAUAAAGGGGUGGACAGAUAACAGCAGCAUGGACCGCAGCAGCGUGAGUACGAGGUAGGAGGUGUACAUCUAAAUGCUGGUAAUGUAUAAAGUGACGUGUAGGGGUGAUAUAGUGGAGGGGUGAUAUAGUGGAGGCACUG